GUCUGGCUGUAUGGAAUAUCAAUUGAUAUGUAAAGUAAAACGAGAGAGACAACAGUGAGUGAGUGAGUGAGUGGGAAGGAGAGAGAGGAGAGAGAGCGAGGGAGGCAGGCAUGUAUGUAUGCAAGUGAGCAAACAGACGUCUCCCGUCACGGGGAGCUGAAAUUCUGUUCUUGGGUCACUCACUCACACUGACGUACGCACGCACAUCAACACAGCACGUCUUCCAGACACACCCCACACGGCAAGGAGCAGCAGCGGAGCACCGGCCAUCGAUCACCAAUCAUCCAUCCAUGCUUCCAUCCAGCCAGCCAUCAACAAGCCCCCAACGUCAUAGCGGACGGACACCCUGACGCACCACAAACCACCACAACACACAACAACACAAACAGACGAAUGGCGGCAACCCCCACAUGACAUGACGCCCUCUCUCCCUCCCUCGUGUGUCGUGUCAGUCAUGCCCCUCUUACUUACCCUCAUGGGUGGCGGGAACGUGGCGAUGUUGUGCUGCUGCUGCUGGUUAACCACGAUGAUGUGGGCAGCCUGUGGUGGGGGUGGGUAGUGGGGGUGGAAGGACGGGGGCAUCGGCAGCGGCUGCGGCAUGACCGACACAGGGGGUGGGGAGGCACAUGGGGUGCUGUUGUGUGAGGUGCGAAGGUCCUGCUCGCCGUGUGCGUGUCUGCACGAGUCGCCCGCUCGGCAGUAGCCCGCCAGCCAGAAGGCGCACAACUGGGUCUUGUACAAGUCGUCGGUGCCACGCAGCUCCUCCAGGGAAUGGGCAAACUUGCACUCAUUCGAUGACCUGAAUCCAAUAUAUCAACACACAACACACCACACCGGUAUGUAUCGGGUGGGGUGGGGUGGGGUGGGGUGGGCUGUGUGUGAGGGUGUCUGUCGGAUGGUCUGUGCUGUGCACACCACACGUACCUCUUGCAGAUGCCGGCCUUGAGCAAUGGGCACAUUCGAGUUUUGAGCUUGGGGUUGUCAUCGACCGACAGCAGCAUCUGCUGCACCGUCUUGUGCAGAAACGGACACGACGCACCCCGCGAACAUAUGCCCUGAUGGAUGCAUCGAUGACAUGACAACACACACACGUGGGGCUGCUUAAGCUGCACCCAUUGGUUCCUCCUUGGCUGACAGACAGACCGACCUGUUUGAAGAACUUGCACAUCCUCAGCCGUUUCCGCUUCUUCUUGUUGGCCCCAUCUGUGUCAUCGCCGCCCUCGCCCAGCCUGCCAGCCCCCUCCCGUCCCGCACUGUCGUCCUCGGUGGCCUCGCGCGCCGCCACCCCGCACCCCUCGAUGAGCUCGAUGUCGAUGGCCUCGUCCAGGUCGUCGUCGAUGAGGACGCGGUCACCGUCGUACGACACGGCCUGGUCGCCCUCCUGCCCCCUGCCAGCGGACCGCUUGUUGCGCAUGUGGAUGCCGAUGAGGGGGAUGGGGGCGUCCUCGAUGUCGCGCGGGCCCUGGCGGCCCAGCCACUGGUCGAUGACACACAGAGGGGGGUAGUCGCGGUUCUGGGGGCUGGAGCCGCCUGUCGCCUCGGAGGAGGACCGGAGUACGGGGCCAGACGACGAGGUGCGUGUGUCGGGCUGCUGCGCUGCGUUGGCGGCCGCAAACCUCUCGGGCUCCACUCGCUUGAGGGCGAAGUCCAGGUCGCUGUCCUCUGCACUUAUACGCCACACGCGGCUAUCCCUCUCCUUGUUGCUGAUCCGCUCAGCGGGGGCCGGCAUCUCGCUGGCCGCCCUCGCAGAGACCUCGACCGUCGCUUGUGGCUCCUUGCUGCCGAGGAGAAUCGACGAGAGCGACGGCAGCGUAUCCCCCGACGACGCAUUCCCCUUGUCGUCACUGUCGCUCUUGAGCCUCUCGGCUGUGCUCUUCCUGGCCGGCGCGUUGAAGAUCUUGCGGCUCUUGAGCACCGACCGAGACGGCGAUGCGGUGGAUGCCGGGGGCGUCGACACAGUGGGCUGCCUCCACUCGGGUGCGACGAUGCUGGGCGGGGCAUGGAUGGUGCUCUGGACGAGAGGCAUGAAGCAUGCCGGGUCACGGCACUCGAAGCGGCCGGGGGGAGGGGGAGGGGGAGGGGGCUGGGGCAGCGAUGGGGCAGCCCCCACGAUUGCGGGACGGACAGGUGAUGCGGGUGGGUCGGGGCUGGCGACAGGCAGGUCGGCCAUCCUGGUUGACACACAGCAUGUUUCAGGAUACGUACAAGACAGUUACCAUGUGUCCAUGUCCGUGUGGCUGUGUGUCUUGCGUGUUGUCUGUCCUGUCCUGACUCACCGGUUGGCUUGCACCACGUGUUGGUCGAUGUCGGUGGGGCCUCUGGUGCUCUGUGGGACCGGUGAUGUGGGCUGUGAGAGGGAGGGGGGAAGAUCGGAGCUGCCCUCAGCCUGUGCUGUCUGGAGGGGGGGCACCACCGGCUCGUCUGGCGGCGUCUUGUCGAAUCCUGGGCAUCCCUCACUGCUCUCGCACCCACACGCACAUGGCUCGAUGUCUAUCGCCGCCUCCACACCGCCCGCCGCCUCAGCCUUCUCUUGAUCUUUCCCCUGCAUCACACACAGACAAGACGGCCCGACAGUUGCCCACCUCCCCUCCCCUCCCUCUCCCUGUUCUCAGAUGCGUCUCAUUACCUGGUCAGCCUGACCCCCCGCCUCCUGAACGUCGUCAGAUGCACCCCGAGACGCUGAGGGCGAUGAGUCGACAUCGGUGACGAACCCCUCCUCAUGGCUGCCCGAUGAGCUCUUCCGCCUGCCGAUGCCGGGGCACUCCUCAGACUUGAAGUCACAUCCGCACUCGCAGUCUGACAGGGCGUCGUCGUCCAGGUCAUCGACAGCAGCACCCUUGCCGCCCUCGCGCAUAUCGAGGUCGAGAGCCGCGUUGAACUUGGCUGCCACCUCAUCCAUGGCCGUCACGUCUUGGACACUCAGCCGACGCAGAUUCUCAUUGGCCGAGAGAGCGGUUUCGCGGACCAU